GCAACGAUACAACAACAACAACCACCACCACCCAAAAAAAAAAAAUCACCUCCAAAAUCCAUCCCAUCAUGUGUCUGUGAAAAAAAAAAAGCCGGCGAGGAGGUUCACAACGACAAGACCUUGGCAGAAAAGUGCAUGGAAAUUUAAUCGAUGAGAGAGACAGCCACUCCGGGAACAAACAUGGCUUACCAUCCCUUCUUACCUCACCGAGCACCGGACUUCGCGAUGAGUACGAUGCUCGGGCAUCACCCUUCUUUCUUCCCCGCUCUCGCCUUGCCCCCCAACGGCUCGGCGGCUCUCACACUCCCCGGCGGCCUGAGCAAACCUCUGAUGGAUCAACUGGCCGGCGCUUCGGAAGCGGCUGGGAUCUCGCUGUCGGCGUUGGCCCAUCCGCCUUCUCAUCUCAGGCCUCUUAAGACUCUGGAGCCCGAAGAAGAGGUAGAGGAUGAUCCGAAAGUUAAUCUCGAAGCCAAGGACCUUUGGGAUCAGUUUCACAAGCGAGGGACAGAAAUGGUUAUCACCAAAUCUGGAAGACGAAUGUUCCCGCCAUUUAAAGUUAGAUGCACUGGUCUGGAUAAAAAAGCCAAGUACAUUUUGUUAAUGGACAUCGUAGCAGCGGACGAUUGCCGGUACAAAUUCCACAACUCACGCUGGAUGGUGGCAGGGAAAGCUGAUCCCGAAAUGCCCAAGCGAAUGUAUAUCCACCCGGACAGCCCGGCUACUGGGGAGCAAUGGAUGUCUAAAGUUGUCACUUUUCACAAACUCAAGCUGACAAACAACAUUUCGGACAAACACGGCUUUACUAUUUUGAAUUCGAUGCACAAAUAUCAACCCAGAUUCCACAUCGUUCGCGCCAACGACAUCUUAAAACUCCCUUACAGUACUUUUCGCACCUACGUUUUUCCGGAGACCGAAUUCAUAGCAGUGACGGCAUACCAGAACGAUAAGAUAACCCAGUUAAAAAUUGACAACAACCCUUUUGCCAAAGGCUUUCGCGACACGGGCAAUGGGAGGCGAGAGAAGAGGAAGCAAUUGGCAAUCCAGUCGCUCCGAGUCUAUGAGGACCAGAAAGGAGGGAAGGAAAAUGGGACAUCGGACGACUCUUCCAGUGAGCAACCGGGAUACAAGUGCUUUGGUCAGUCCGCCUCUCCCGCUGUUUCCACUACAGGGACUGCAAACCUAAAAGCAGGUGCUUUGCCAAGCGAGGAAGAGAGCGACUUGGACAGCAAGGAUGAACCUUCGCAGGAAGGAAUAGCACUAAGCGCCUCCGCCGCCGCCUCGGAUGAGCGAAAGGACGACCCGGUUUGCGCCAAAUCUCGACAAUAUCCUUUAGACUCUGUGAGCAGAACCAAAGAGCCGGAGAGUCUGAGAACUGAUAAGAACUCGAAGGACACGCAACAGAUACAGAGCCCGACAAAUAGCUACUCGAGUAGAAGAGUGGUUAAUGAGGAGGGAUCCCGGAUCAAAAGUCCAGUGAGAGAACAUCGGAAGGCGGAUGAGACCAGGGCUCUGAGCAAGGAGCCCUACUCGCCCUUGAUGGUGCAAACUGAGAGCGCUUCCCACCUGAGCCACGGACAUUUGCAAAACCUUAGCUUCUCCCAUAACAUGUCUGGCCAGCAGUUUUUUGCCCCGUUGGGCGCGGGACAUCCCUUGCUCUUUCACCCCAGCCAGUUCGCCAUGGGUGGGGCCUUCCCCAAUAUGGCAGCAGGUAUGGGUCACCUGUUGGCUUCCAUGUCGGGCUCCUCCAGCGGAAUUGGCGGUCUGGAUGCGACUGGGAUUUCAUCACCUCAGGGACUGUCUGCAGCGUCCGCAGCCACUCUACCUUUCCAUCUCCAGCAACAUAUGUUGGCCUCUCAGGGUCUAGCGAUGUCUCCGUUUGGCAGCCUUUUCCCAUAUCCUUACACCUACAUGGCCGCCGCCGCCGCCGCCGCUCUGCCCGGUGGGGUACCCACCACAGCAGCCUCCGCCUUGCACCGUCACCCCUUCCUCAGUGCGGUCCGGCCCCGCUUGAGGUACAGCCCUUACUCGAUCCCGGUACCGGUGCCCGACACCAGCCUGUUGACCACGGCCGCUUUGCCCUCCAUGUCGACAGCGGGCGACCCCUCCAAGCCGAACAGAAUGGCUCCCAGCCCAGUGACAGCUGCCAGCAUGGACUCCUCCGCCUCGGAGAUCAAUAGCAGGGCCUCCACCCUCUCCACCGGCUCGGUCUCCCUCUCGCCCAAACAGUGUUCCGAGAAAGAAUCGACGACGAACGAGCUGCAGAACAUCCAACGCCUCGUUAGCGGAUUGGAAAGCAAACAGGAGCGAUCCUCCCGGGGAAACUCGCCCUGAUGGGUAUCAGCAACCGGGGGAGAUGAGAGAGCCCUUGAAAUGUGGCUUUGCAUGUCACACACACACACACACA